UUGAAAGGGUAUAUAUAUUACAGUGCACUGCUGAGGAUUCAAACACUCCUUUCUCGUGGGAGAAGACAGAAGGAACAGUCCAGCUGCCUGUUCUGAGACUCUGCACCAAGGAAAAUUUACUCCAAAAGCUUCUUGGGGAAUCCAAUAACUGUCACUUCCUGGAGAGCAUAUAAACCCAGAGAGUGUGAGACUGCAGCAGAGGCAUUUGAGACUCCUCUGCCACUUUGGGGCUGCAAGCAGAAUCCUGUGCCACUCCUUCUCACGGGGAGCAAGAGCCCUUCACUGAAAUCCUGUCACCAUGCUGGGUCUGCUGCUGCUGCAGGUGUUGGCCAGCUGCCUCUGGCUGGGACACAGCGAGGUGGUGAACUCCUUUGAGAGCUGUCCUCAGUUUUUCUAUGAUGGGAUUCCGCCAGAUGGUGCCCUGAAUCCAAAUAACCCAGCCCGGAUCUGUCAGCGCUUCAACAACUCGUAUCACUAUGCCACCCUGUACGACAGAGUCAGGAGAAUUCCAGUGUAUUCUGCUUACAAAUACCAGCCUGGAGAUGAUGAGAAACCUCCAAGGAAGUGGAUGGUUGAGCCCCAGCUCAUAGAUAGAAAAAGUCUUCCAGACAUGAAAUUCGAUUGGGUCCUCACAAAUGAAAACAUAUUCACCUUAGACCAAAUCAAAGAGAGCCAAGCUAUUCCUGAUGACUACAACCGACUAAAGGAUUUGGACCGUGGCCAUUUGUGCCCCAGUGGCCAUCAGUUCAGUAAAGAAAGAAUGAUGGCUACCUUCACUCUCACCAACGCAGUGCCCCAGGACAAGACUCUCAACAAUGACAAGUGGAACAAGUACGAGUAUAAAACAAUGCCCCAAAAGACCCAGGGCUGUAACACCACCUACGUGAUCACAGGUGCUGUGCAUGGGAACACCUACGUAUCCAACAACAGGGUGAACAGACCCAGCCACAUCUGGUCAGCUGCCUGCUGUCUGGGGGACAAAGAGCCCAAAGAUGCUUGGGGGGCCAUCGCUGAGAACGACAGAAAUAGGGUGGAGGUCGUCAGCCUGGAGGAGCUGGAGAAGAGGUUGUCCGAUCUCUACAAUGGAAAGGUUACCCUGUUCAAAAACGCCUGUUCCCAGAAAUAGGCCACACUUCCUCAAUGGAAAAGGUUAGGUAGCUUUUCCCACAUGUCACAGAAUCACAGAAUAACAGAAUGGGUUAGUUUGGAUCAGACCUUAAAGCCUUAAACAUCAUCUGACUCUGGCCAUGGGCAGGGACAGCUUCCACUACACCAGCUUGUUCCAAGCCAUCCCCAGCCUGGCCUUGAACCCUUCCAGGAAUGCAGCAGUCAAAACAGCUCUGGGUAACUUUUACUCAUACCACAGCCUGCUCACUGUAAUUCACUUCUUUAUAACAUCCCAUCUAACCCUGCCCUCCAUUGGUGUGGAACCAUUUCCUCCGGUCCUCUCACUCCAUACCCUUGUCCAAAGACCCUCUCCAGCCCUCUUGGAGACCCUUGAGGUACUGCACUCUCAGCAGUCUUCUCCAGGCUGAACAUCCCCAGCUCUCUCACCCUCUCCCCAGAGCAGACACACUCCAGCCCUUGGAGCACCUUCAUGGCCUCCACUGGAAUCCACUCCAACAGCUUUGGAUACUUCUUGUGCUGUGGGCCCAGAGCUGGAGGCAGCACUGCAGGUGGGGUCUGAGCAGAGCAGAGUAGAGGGGGACAAAUGUCCUGGUCAGAGUCUGUGCUGCAUCCUUCUCUGGUGUGUUUCCAGCUCUGUCCCUCAGGGCACCUCCUGCUCUGCUCAAAGGAACAAAGAUGUGGGCAGAGCCUCCAGAUGCUUUGCUUUGCUGCCCAUGUCAGGAGAGAGCCCUGAGGAACGAGUCCUCUCCUCCUCAGCUGUCCCCAAGAGUGUGCAGCUGACUUGUCCCUCACCUCCUUAGCGAGGAUGUGGCACCAGGGAGCCUCAGGGUGGCCAGAGAUCCUGUCUGGAGAUCUCCAUGUCUGGAGAUCCCCAAAGCCCAACAAUACAUGAUUCUGGACAACCUGCUCUAGCUGUUCGUGCUGCAGCCUGGAG